AUUGACGACGACAGCCUCGUGCGGCCGCCGCGGUCACUGCAGCUCGUUUGAGAUUUUAGCAGGAAAAGACGAGCGAGCGAGAGAGAGAGAGAGAGAGAGAGAGAACCGAGGUCUACACCGCAGUCCCAAGGACAUGCUGCUUCACCCCUUCAUUUAUUCCCUAAAAAACCCGCUCGUGCUCUUCCAUUUUCAGGAUACCCUGGGAACAGUGAGCAGCCCAUGAAGAUUUUCAAAAUAAUCCAGAAGAUUUGUGUUUCCUAAGGCGAUCUGAGUAUAAUGAAAAUGAUUCCGGUCACAGAAUUCCGUCAGUUCACGGAACAGCAGCCGGCAUUCCGAGUCCUAAAACCAUGGUGGGAUGUCUUCGCCGAAUAUCUCUCCGUGGUCAUGCUCAUGAUUGGCGUGUUUGGUUGCACGCUGCAGGUAAUGCAGGACAAAAUCAUAUGUCUUCCUCAAAGGGUGUAUGCCCCAAACCAAACAGUGCCUUCACUGAACCAGACGGAGCUCACAAGGGAUCCGACCAAUUCCUCUGUUCCACCUAUCUCCCCAGUGCCUGUACCCUAUGAGAUGAAGGGACUCAAAACCAACUUGGAUCUGCAACAGUACAGCUUUGUUAACCAACUGUGCUAUGAAAAAGCUCUGCAUUGGUAUGCCAAGUAUUUUCCUUACCUGGUGCUCAUACAUACCCUUGUAUUCAUGGUGUGCAGUAACUUCUGGUUCAAGUUCCCUGGCUCAAGCUCAAAAAUUGAACACUUCAUCUCCAUAUUGGGCAAAUGUUUUGAUUCUCCAUGGACUACGAGGGCUCUGUCUGAGGUGUCGGGAGAGAGUCCGGAGGAGAAAGACCACAAAAAGAACAGUGCCAGUAGAUCAAACCUUAAUACCUCCACCGGGGAGGGUAAUCUGGAGAAAACCCAGUCGCUAAGAUCUAUUCCUGAAAGGAUUGUAGUGGACAAACCAACAGCGAGUGCACUUGACAAGAAGGAAGGAGAGCAAGCCAAAGCGUUGUUUGAGAAGGUAAAAAAGUUCCGACUUCACGUGGAGGAAGGCGAUUUAUUGUAUCUCAUGUAUGUUCGUCAGACUGUUAUUAAAGUGAUCAAGUUUGUUCUUAUUGUUGCCUACAACAGUGUUCUGGUGUCAAAAGUUAGAAUUACAGUUCAGUGUGAAGCAGAUGUAGAGAAUAUGACUGGCUACAGAAAAUUUUUGUGCAAUCACACCAUGGCCCAUCUUUUCUCCAAGCUCUGCUACUGCUAUUUGUGUUUUGUAAUCGUUUAUGGAUUAACGUGCCUUUAUACAUCAUACUGGCUUUUCUACCGUUCCCUGAAAGAGUACUCUUUUGAAUACGUGCGGCAGGAGACUGGAAUUGAUGACAUCCCGGAUGUGAAAAAUGAUUUUGCUUUCAUGUUGCACAUGAUUGACCAAUAUGAUCCACUGUAUUCCAAGAGGUUUGCAGUGUUUCUGUCUGAGGUGAGUGAAAACAAGCUAAAACAACUCAAUCUGAACCACGAGUGGACCGUAGAUAAACUUCGCCAAAAGCUACAGACCAAUGCCAGCGACCGACUGGAGCUUCAACUCUUCAUGCUCGCAGGGCUUCCAGACACGGUCUUCGAGGUCACCGAGCUGCAGUCCUUGAAAUUGGAGAUUAUUAAUAAUGUCACAAUCCCUGCAGCCAUUUCUCAGCUGGAAGAUCUUCAGGAGCUUUCUCUGCACCAGUGCAUCCUCAAAAUCCACACAGGGGCCCUCGCUUUCCUGAAGGAAAACCUUAAGGUUCUGCGUGUGAAGUUUGAUGACCACCGUGAGCUUCCUCUGUGGCUCUACAGUCUGCGAAACUUGGAGGAACUCCAACUAAUUGGAUCUCUGAGUCCAGAUGCGUCAAAGAACAUAACCCUGGACUCUCUACGUGACCUCAAGUCCCUUAAGACCUUGACACUCAAAAGCAACCUUACGAAGAUCCCCCAGUCAGUCGUGGACGUGUCCAGCCACCUGCAGCGUCUGUAUGUGCAAAACGAUGGCACCAAGCUGGUCAUGCUGAACAACCUGAAAAAAAUGGUGCAUCUUAUAGAGCUUGAGCUGGUUCAUUGUGACCUUGAACGCAUUCCACAUGCCAUCUUCAGUCUGACCCAGCUGCAGGAGCUGGACCUUAAAGAGAACAGCUUGCGCUCUGUUGAGGAGAUCAUCAGUUUCCAGCACCUCCGGAAGCUCACAUGCCUAAAGCUGUGGCACAAUGCCAUCACUCACAUCCCUGAGCAUAUCAAGAAACUGGGCAGUCUGGAGCGUCUCUAUUUUAGCCACAAUAAGAUUGAGAUUUUGCCUUCGCACCUGUUUCUGUGCAACAAGCUACGCCAUCUUGACCUUUCCUCCAAUGAUAUCAGCUUCAUUCCUCCAGAAGUAGGUGUUCUCCAGAGCCUUCAGUACUUCUCCCUCUCUAGCAACAAAAUCGAGAACCUCCCAGAUGAACUUUUCUUCUGCAAGAAGCUGAAGACCCUCAAGCUCGGGAGGAACAUGCUCUCAGUGCUCUCACCAAAGAUUUCCUACCUGGCUUCACUGACUUAUUUAGAGUUAAAGGGCAAUCAUUUUGAAGUUUUGCCAGCUGAGCUUGGCUGCUGUCAAGCCUUGAAGCGCAGUGGCCUUGUGGUAGAAGACACCCUGUUUGACACACUGCCUUCAGAAGUCAGGGAUACCAUGAAAGCCGAGUGAUGUUUCUUAGCUUUGAUAAAAUCCUGCAAAUGUUACGAAUUCUUUUUAACUGAACUUGUAUCCCACUCCCACACUCAAUAUUUUGACGUUUACGGGUGAGUACCUGGUUUUCAUUGCUUAGAUAUGUGAAAACAAAUAUUAUAAACUAAAGGAAGUUUCAAGUAGAAUUUAGUAUUGUAUUGUACCUCAAAGUUGAUGUAGUUGUUUCAAGGAUUUAAGAAAAUGUUACAUUAGAUCAUUCUUUUAUAUAAGCACCUUAUUAUGUGGAAUUCUCUACCGUAUCAAAGAAUAGAGAUUAGCUUCAGUGUUAACGUGUAUUUGAAGAUGGUCAUGGCAUUGCAUGUAUUACAUUACUAAUAAUGGUAAGGAUUUCAUUAUCUAUUUGAAGAUUUUAUAAAACAAGUACUGAACCAUGUUAGCCUGCCAAACUGCAGUAUUUUGCCUUUGUAAAGACCAAAUGACCUUUGCAACCUCUUUUAAGACUGCUGGCAGGGGUGAAAGAUUGAGAAAGGCUUAUCUCGUGUAAUGGUUAUUUACCAUAUUUCUGUCCCUCCGGGAUUUUGGAGAUUUUUUCCGAUUGCAGAAAUUAACGCAAAAUCAAGCAAAUUCCGCAAUAUUCAGGCGAGCAUGCAAUUUUUCAAAAUUACUGCAGAUUUUGUGCCGAUUUGGGCCAAGACACGUCAAGUGACAUCAUCACAAAACGCAUUCAGCCAAAGCCCUUUUCAAUUCACAUGCGUCGAACGUAAGUACACCUGAAAGGUCUCAUUUACCUACAAACACCACUGCGAAAGACAGAGCAGAGGAAUUUCAUGCAGUUGCAAUUUUGCCAAUUCCAGCAGUUUUCCACAAAAAAAUUGCAAAAUACUCUGCAAGUUCCCUUGAAAAUUUUUUUA